AUGUGGACGGAUAUAAGGAAACUACUGCUCUUUCAUUUGUUAGCCCUGGAACUUCAUUCCUCAAAAGGAGCAGAGGCAGAAGAGUGUGAGGAUGGUCAGUUUCAGUGCAAUAACAAAAGGUGUAUACCGACCAUAUGGAGGUGCGACGAUGAUGACGACUGCUCAGACAACAGCGACGAGGAAAACUGUGCCAGGAAGACGUGUGCCCCGGCAGAGUUUGCCUGUGCAAACGGCCAGUGUGUACCAGGCCGCUGGCGCUGUGACGGGGAACCAGAGUGUCCCGACGGCUCAGAUGAGGCAGAGGCCACCUGUAGAAAACAGACGUGCCCUCCGGAGAAGUUUGACUGUGGCGGCUCUACCAACAAGUGUGUCUCAGUGUCGUGGCGAUGCGACGGCGAGCGGGACUGUGAGAAUGGGUCAGACGAGGAGGACUGUGGAGACAUUUCCUGCCCGAAAAGCGAAUUCCAGUGCGCCAACCGCAAGUGCCUGGCACCUGUCUACGUGUGCGACGGCGAUGACGACUGCGACGACGGCUCUGACGAACUAAAAUGCUCCUCCCGCCACUCGCCAACGACUACCUGUGGUCCGCACGAGUUCCGCUGCAACACCUCAGAGUGCGUGCCUGUCAUGUGGAGCUGUGACGGCGACCCAGACUGCCCAGACGGCUCUGACGAGUGGCCGGAGCGUUGUGGGAGUGAAGGGUCGCAGUCGCGACGCAGGAUGAACUGUACGGUGGAGGAGUUUCGGUGCGCCAACGGGGAGUGUGUGAGGCUGGCGUGGAAAUGUGACGGGGAUCCGGACUGCAAGGAUAAAUCAGACGAGGCGGAUUGUCCUCUGCUGACGUGCCGCCCAGAUGAAUUCCAGUGUGGGGAUGGCUCCUGUAUCCACGGCACCAAGCAGUGUAACAAGGUCCAUGACUGUCCUGACCAGAGUGACGAGUCAGGCUGUGUCAACGCCACUAAGUGUGAGGGGCCCCUGAAGUUCCUGUGUAAGAACGGAGAGUGUAUCGACAGCGCUAAGGUGUGUGACAACGUCAAGGACUGCAAGGACCGCUCCGAUGAGCCCAAGAAGGAGUGUGGACUCAACGAGUGCGCGCUCAACAAUGGCGGCUGCUCUCACAUCUGCCUGGAUCGACCAAUCGGCUACGAGUGCCAUUGUCCCACCGGGUACCAGCUACUGGACAAGAGGACAUGUGGAGACAUUGAUGAGUGCGAGAGCCCCAACGCCUGCAGCCAGAUCUGCAUCAACUACAAGGGAGACUUCAAGUGUGAAUGCUACCAAGGCUAUGAGAUGGACCCCGUCACCAAGACCUGCAAGGCAGAGGGGAAGUCUCCCUACCUGAUGUUCACCAACCGCCAUGAGAUCCGUCGGGUGGAUACAGUGAAGAAGGAUUACAGCCAGGUGCUGGCAACCCAGAAAAACGCUGUGGCGCUUGACAUAGACGUGGCCAAUAACCGCCUGUUCUGGUGCGACCGCUUCCACCGCAACAUCUACAGUGCUCUGAUCCCGGAGGCCAGUGUCCCGUCCCAGCAGGUGACCCUGGUGGACUCUGGCUCUCUCCUCUCCCCCGAGGGCCUGGCCCUAGACUGGGUCCAGCACAACCUCUACUGGACCGACUCGGGCCACAAGACCGUCUCGGUGGCCUCGGCCUACGACGGCCUCAAGAGGAGGGUGCUGGUGGACACGGAACUCAGCGAGCCCAGAGCCAUAGCCCUGGACCCCCAGCACGGGUUCAUGUACUGGUCUGACUGGGGCACCCGGGCCAAGAUUGAGAAGGCGGGGAUGAAUGGGGUGGACCGACAGGUCUUGGUGUCCGACAACAUCGAGUGGCCCAACGGCAUCACCCUAGAUGUAGCCAACAGACGUCUGUACUGGGUGGACUCCAAGCUGCACCUCAUCUCCAGUGUGGACCUGAACGGGGCUCACCGCCGAACACACCUGUCCUCUUCAGAGAGACUGGGACACCCCUACGCACUGGCCGUGUUUGAGGACCGUAUCUACUGGACAGACAGGGAGAGGGAGGCGGUGUACAGCGCUAACAGGCUAACCGGCCAAGAUGUCAGCACACUGGCCGAGCACCUCAACGACCCCCACGACAUAGUGGUCUUCCACCCACUCCGACAGCCCCAAGGCCCAGACAGCUGUAACUUGGGCAGUGAGGCCAACGGUGGCUGUGAGUACCUGUGUCUCAAAGCCCCCCAGAUCACAGAGCACUCUCCCAAGUACACCUGCGCCUGCCCCACAGGACAGGACCUGGGGCCCGACAUGCGGGGCUGUGUGCCAGCAAAUGAGACUAUUACCACACCGUCGCCAUUCCCCACUGGCUCGGUAGCCAUCAUCACGGCAAGUAUCGAGGAGGACAAAGAGGACUCCCAUUCCACUUCUGGGUUGUCCCAGGCAGAUGCCGGGGUCCGCCACCUCACCCCCGCCCCCUCCAGCACCCCAGAACUCCUCCUCAUCGCCAAACCUGGGGCAGAGGUGAAGGAGAAAGAUGGCCGGCGUUUGGAUCACACCACCUCCACCACAGUAGGGUCUGGGGACACUAAUGUCAUCAAGGAGGACAGCAACCUCUCUCACCACUCUGGAAGUGAGCAUUUUCUCCUGGGGGAGAACCUGACAGUGGCAGUUCUGGGAGUAGUCAUCCCUAUAGUUCCUAUUGUUGCCACAGUGGUCUUCGGUCUGCUCUGCACUGGCGUCUACCUGGUUUGGCGGAACUAUCGUGUAAACUCUACCAAGAGUAUGAACUUUGACAACCCCGUUUACCGCAAGACCACAGGCGAGGGCGAAGAGGAUGAGAUUCACAUCGGACGGACGGACAAUGGCAUGAGCGGCCAGCACGGGCAUCACCCGUACCCAGUUGGAGUGGGGUGUGGCGUAGUCGGCGGGGGUGGAAAUACAUGCCCUCAGUUUAUCGCUCUACCACUGGGUGGCAGUAUGCCCGACCCGGGGACUCACUGGUACACGGAGCAGCCUAUGCUGUCCACUACGGCUAAGUGAGGCAAAGUGGGAGGAUGGAAACUAGACUAAAUGGCUGCUCAGGGGGUUAAUUUUCAAGAUGGCCGCUGCUCAGGCGCACACACAUACACACAUGCACACACACACAGUACUAAGGUCAGGGGUCACUCACUGAGUCUGUUCAAAGGAUGGACAUAUGAUGUUCUCGUCACAUCCAGCCAUUCGGGACCAUGCUGUGCGAAUUCAUCACACAAAAUUGACAGUUUGACACUUUCUAAGGUUUAUUUAUGUUAUGUCAGAGUUGGGGUUGGUUCGGUUUGAAUUCCUGUCAAUUCAGUUCUUGAAUUCUCUAUGAAUCAAUUGAAUUUAGAUCACUGGACUUGAGUUGCAACUGAGUCGACACCAAUUCUGGAUGUUUUUCAUCCACUUUUGAUCAAUUUCAGCAGUAUUGAGCUGUGCUAUCUGUCUCACGUUUAAGGCCGAGAGGAGUUCCAAGAGAGUCAUUUUGCCCUUGAUGUUAUAUAUCUAUGCUCUCCAUUUUAUAUCCCUGGUGGAUCCUCAUUCUCUGGCUUUUUAGGGGGAGGUUUAAAAUGAGGGCAGCACCUUAGUUGAUGGGACAAUCUGUAUAGUUUUAAGCUAUUCAUUCAACACGUUUUAUUGUUCACCUCACGAUUACUAAAGAUGUCAUGGUGUUUUGUUAUUCUGGUCAGGGCUUUUGUCUUGGAGUGGAGUGAAAGGUUUGAGAGAGGUUGUUGUUGUUGUGUGUGUGUGUUUGCACUUAGGUGUGUGUACCUACUCUCUACAGUUAUCCUUUGACGUUAUCCUUAUUGAACCUAAAAGGCUACAAGAGGGCAAGCAGGGCAAAGGGUCGUUGAGAAAGUUUUGUGGCAGCUUUGGGAUCCAAAAGAAAGCGUAAGGCUUAGCGAGAGAAGCCUUUGUAGUAAUUAACUGUAGGCUGGAUUUUUAUGCCCAGUGAAGACGUCUAGCUAGUGGCUAACAGUAUCCGUGUUAAGGCUUUUGUGUGUGUCUACGACAUGUCUCUAGACAAUUAGGAUGCGGCAAGUAUUGCUGGUCAAAUCUACAUUUCAUUUAUACUCAGGCUGACUGUCUGUAGAUCAUCACAACGGUGAAAACGGUUCUACUUUGACCCUGCCACAGUGUCCAUUGUCACGAGUAGAUAGAGCCAAUGGCGCUACAUAGCCAUGACAAUAAAUUCCAAAUGCCUGAUUGACAGCUAGCUAGCUUGCAUUAGCAUACAGAAUAUACAUACAUUUAAUAUGAUGGAUGACUGUAUUUUUUGUAGAGCAUAUGUUAAGUUUAGCUAUGGAGCACCCUUGUCUCUUUGCCGUUGGGAGUGAAGACUCCAAAGAUUCUCAACAACAAAAGAAUCCUGGUUAGCAAUUGGUAGCCAGCUUAAUUCAACCUGUAAUUAAACUGACUUUAGCUGAGCUGCCUAUCUAGUCAAUCUAAUUCCAGACUAGGUGUGAGUAUGAGAAAUCAAACAAACUAUUACUAUUAAUCUCUUCUCAGGAGAAAGGCAGCUUAGAUAGAAUGUAAGUCACUAUCACGUGGCAAUAUAAUGCUCAUGAUGUCAACUUUGUGUUUAUACAAACAAACCGAGUUUGUAAAUAAAAUUUUCAUGAUAUCACUGCAACAACAUGUCAAUAGAUGGACUAAAAACCAGCCUUUAGGUAUGAUAAUGAGAAAAGAGUUGGCUAGAGCAGAAUUAGCUAGCUCGAAGGCUAAUGUUUAACUAGGCUAAAGCAGAACCAGAUAUGGCUAAUGGCUACCAGGCUAAUGCUUAGCUAACAGUUUGAGAAAAGCAAUUAGAGGGUUGUUGUACUGAGGUGAAUCGUUUAGGCUAUUAUUCUCCUCUCCUCUUUUUAGCUGUUUUCCAUGGCCACAGGUGAAUUUGUCAUCUGUUAUUGUUGAUUUUAUUUCCCCUUUAUCUACUCUCUUUGUCAGUACAACACACACACAGAGUCACUCACCCUCAAGAGAUCACACACAGGGGGUAUUCUAUUAGUGUCCCCAUUAGCUGUUGAGAUAGCAGCAGCUACUAUUCCUGGGGUCCACACAGAACAUGAAGCAUGACAUAAUACAGAACAUUAAUAGACAAGAACAGCUCAAGGGCAGAACUCCAUAAAUUGGACAGAACUACAGAAACAUUCACUUUACUAGGAAGAUUACACACAGCAUUACACACACUGCAUACUCACUCGCCCUUCACAAACACAAGCAUUACACUCACCCCAAAGACACACACACACACACACACACACACACACACACACACACACACACACACACCAGACACGCGAACACAAACAUCCAUGCCCCUGUCUUCAUUCUUUGAGAAGAUGUCAAUGUGAGCUUUCAUAUAGGAGGCACUCAGUCAGUGGGAGGUCGACUGCUGACAAAAGGCCCGUCAGCUAUUCUGGUGGCCGACAUCACUGUGACAGAUUUUUUUUUGCUUGCUUCCUAAAUGGCACCCUAUUCCCUUUAUAGUACACUACUCUUUUUUUUUUUUUUACCAGGACCCAUAGGGCUCUGGUCAAAAGUAGUGCACUAUGUAGGGAAAAGGAUGUCAUUUGGGACACGUGCUUAAACAGUAAUGAGGUUCAGUCAGGUUGGAUUCUCCUGUCAGUAAACACAACUGUCUUUUGUCCACCUCUCCCUUUGUCCUGUCCCGCACAUUGGGGAUCCGCUCAGAAAAUAGAUAUUUCUGAGUCCCCUCCAUUGUAGUAUUGUCGAUCACGGUGAUGGGAUGAAAUAGGAUUUGGUAAGAGCCAGAUUGAAUAGGUGUGUGUAGUGGGGGUGGAUAUGUGUGUGUGCCUGUGUGUGUGUUUAUGCAUGUGUGCGAGUAUUUGUGUUCAUUUCACAGCCAUAUUGGAAACGUUUUGUACACUUUGUUGCCCAGCCCUCUCAGAAUGCCUUCUGUAUUGUGUGUGUGUGUGUGUGUGUGUGUCAGAAUGAGUGCAUGUGAGUAUGUAUGUUUUUGGGACCGGAGUAGCUGCGAGGGUGUUUUUUGAAAUCAUGAUUUGUAAAUACAUUUUCAUAUUGCAAACCAGUUUUUGAUAAAGUAUUAUACAAUUCUUUAAAAGAAAAAUAUGUACAUAAGAUUUUAGAUAAGAAUAAAGUGUUGAUGACAGUAUAUUAAUUUAUUUGUAUAAAAGAGCACUGCAUUCCCUGAUUGUACGAAAUAUGAAUUAUCCGCCCAAGUGUUUUGUGUUGUUACUUGGUCUUGCUUCAUUUGAUAACAUUUUCUCUUUCCUAAUGUGUACUUAUUUAUCAGUACAAGUAAUACAACGUGGUUCCUCCUCAAUAUCUUCCCGUAUCUCAUUGUUUCUCAACCCCAGCGUUUUAUAAUAUCAACGAUUGUUUUCUGGUGCCUUUUUUUCUCUCUCUUUUUUGUUGUACUGCUGUUUCGCUGUGGGAGAUGGGUUCUUUUCAAGCAACUUCUGUAACAUGCAAAUAAGAACAUCUGUACCCAGAAUUGACAAAAAACGGUCUCGCUCACCUUUUUAUUAUUUCAUGAAGUUGUUCUUAAAUAUCUAUAUAUUGAUAUAUAAAACUUUAUUGCAAAUCUC